AUCGAUAUGCAAAUUACUGGUUUUUUUUUUUAAAGUUAAAGGACUCACCUGCAGACGGAGGCUCACAGUUUGGCUGUUGAAACUAGUCUUUAUUCCACAUGUACAGCAGGUUACACACUAACGUUACAUGAAUUAACACUGUGUGUGUGUGUGAAGGGCAUGGCGGGGGCGGCGGUGCUGAAGGCUCUCUGGACCCUGCGCCCCCGGACACUGGCCGCGACCUCAGGCAGGUUCCCAGCCCCGGUGGAGCGCUUCCUUCCCCCGGCUUCAUGUGUGUUGUACCCGCCGUGGAGGACCUCUCCUGUCAGGACGCUGCAGCUUUGCUCCGCCUUAUGUGCCGGACACAACAAGUGGUCAAAGGUGAAACACAUUAAGGGACCUAAAGAUGAAGCGAGGGGCAGGAUGUUCAUGAAGUUUGGUAUGAUGAUAAAGAUAGCUGUGAAAGAAGGUGGAUCCAACCCAGACAUGAAUAUAAACUUAGCCCACAUACUGGAACAGUGCAGAAGCAAGAACAUGCCUAAAGCAUCAGUAGAGGCUGCAAUCAAGGGCGCGGAAAAGGCUAAACCAGCGUCCCAGCACAUGUUUGAAGCCCGGGGGCCCGGCGGGUGUCUGCUGCUCAUUGAGGUCCUGACUGACAACAACUCACGCAGCCACCAGGAAAUCAAACGCCUGCUUAACAAGAAUGGAGGGAUGCUGUCAGAAGGAGCCCGUCACAACUUCAACAGGAGGGGGGUGGUGGUGGUGCCGGGCCAGAACGUCUCGACGGAGAGAGCUCUGGAGCUGGCCAUCGAGGCAGGAGCCGAAGAUGUCCAAGAGACCGAGGAUGAGGAGGAGCAGCCCCUGCUGCAGUUUAUGUGUGACAUGACAGACGUGAGAAAGGUGCGUGGCUCAUUGGAGGAGCUGGGAAUGCAGAUUACGUCUGCUGGGUUGGAGUUUGUUCCCCGCACCCUCUCGUCUCUGGACCAGGACCAGCUGGAAGCUGCUUCAACGCUAAUAGAAGCCCUCAACGACUGUCCAGACGUAGUUCGUAUCUGGGACAACAUCCAGGCUGACAGCUGAGCACACUUGACAGACACUGAAUAUCUCACAUGUGGAAUAUUCAACGUCACAGAGAAAGGAUACAUGUACUGCUUGUCAAAAUACCUCAUACUGCUUACCAUUAUCAUUAUGAAAAUAUGAGUGUAUUGACCAUUUUGAUGCUUUCUGUGUGGGACUUGGAAGCAAAAUGAAAUUGCGGUCAAAUAUGUUCACUUUGAGUAGUUUUUUUUUACAAACGUGCUUCUUUAGAAUGAAAUAACUUCCACAUCUUCAUUACUUUUAUUGGUCGAUGCUGAAGAAAAAGUGCAGAUAAGACGUCCCGUAUCAUUGGCUAAUCAUUAAUCGAGUGCUAGAGAAAUGGAAAUGUUCUAUCAAAGUGAAAUUUCACUUUUAUUAGUUGAGGAAGGAAACAUGUAUCAACAAGAAUCACUUUAAAAAAAUACUCUGAAUAAUAAUUUGUUCAAUUACCUCUUUAAAAAGUAUUACAAUUACAUCCACU